UCCGACGCAUUCCGAAAACCUAUUUUCUGCAGUGAUACGACUUUAUUCAACGCAUUUACCAUUUUCCUCCUCCCUUGUCAGAACCGAGAGAUAUGUCCGAUAAUUGAGUGGAUACGGGUUGAGCUGUGCCAUAAAUUUUUUCGGCCCGGCGAUCUGAAUAAAUUUUACAACCUCGAUAAGGCAAUGCGAAUUUAUAAACGCGCGUGUAGAGAAUACUCGUGACUCGUUGUGGCAAGAUGAUGACUCCCAGUUUGAUUCUGGUCGCACUGUGCGGACUCAACGCGGGCACUACUGCCUCGCCAAAGUUAGAGAGUAUUUUCCUGCGGCUAUGGCUCAGCGAAAGGAACGGAUCUUAUAAGGAUGCCCACGUCCCGAACGCGUCAGCCCUUGUACCGUAUAUGGACAUCAAUAAAAAUACCGCAGUAUUCAUCCACGGAUUCACGCAGAGCAUCAACAGCAACAGCGUUGCAACGAUUGUCGAGGCAUAUUUGAAACGAGGUGAUCACAAUAUCGUAGCAGUUGACUGGAGCGAACUAGCUGGUGGAAACUACAUGCAAGUCAUCUCGCAAGUUGAAGAGGUUGGAGCUUACAUUGCGCAGGGGAUCAAUGGGAUGCUGGAGGAUGGUAUUUCACCCUCGCGCAUUCACGUGGUGGGACACUCAAUGGGUGCUCACGUUGCUGGCACUGUCGGUAGGAAAAUCGGAUUCUCCCUUCCACGCAUAACGGGUUUGGAUCCAGCGGGGCCACUCUUCAAUUUCUUCAAUGAAAGAAUAAGCUCUACUGACGCUCAAUUUGUGGAUAUUAUCCACACGGACGCGGGAUUUUACGGGCUCGCAAGGCCGACCGGAAGCGUAGACUUUUGGCCCAACAGAGGAACCCGAGUGCAGCCUGGCUGUCCGUCCAAUUCUAGAGUAUACAGCGAAGAAGAUUUCUGCAGCCAUCAUCGCUCUUAUCUAUACUACGCUGAAUCCUUGAUCAAUGAGAAUGCUUUUCUAUCCGUCAAAUGUUCGUCAGAGGCUGAAUCGUCCAAGAAAAAUACGAGGCUGAUUCCAAUGGGAUAUGCAGCACCCGUCGAUACAAGUGGAAGCUACUGCCUUGUCACAUCCGCAAACGAACCCUUCGGAUUAGCUGCGAAGGGAGCGCUCCGGGCUCCGAAUCCCAUCAGUCUCCUCCUACCCAUCGCAUCAUAACGACUAAAUCGUUUUCCAUAUAUUAGAGGAUUGAUUUUUCUCUGGUCUUGCCAGAGUCGAUAAUGACAAGAAAAUAACAAUUCAUUCUGACGUGAAUUACGCGACGCGUCUCGACACCAUUCAACGCCCACAGCAGGACAACAUCUACUCUUUAUUAAGGCUAUUUGUCAAUAACAUUACAUUUCAGCUACGGAAAAAUACAGCACUGUUGUUCCCCUAAGGGAAUAAUUCAUUGGAAGAUAACGAGAUUCCUAAUGUGUUGUACGCUUUAUUUGGUCCGUUUCCCCUUGGAAUUUCGAUCCAUAGAAUCGGUGCAUUCUGGGGACCUUCGGGGUUCUGUUUGAAUUAUUUUACGACAUCAUUGGCGCAGGAGAAUAUCGACGAGUGAAAAUGAAAUGAAAAUGAAAUGAACGAACCCACACGGAAAAAAUAUCUGAAAUUGGCCCAAUU